AUAAAAGAGCUAUGGAAAAUAAUCCUUCAGAGGGCAGUGAAAUUAAGAAUGUAAUCUGUUUUCUGCAAACCAGAAACUGCUUGAGUUUAAGAAUUUCAAAGUUUUCCCAAUAUUUGACUUAGACAUGACCUGAAUGGGAGUAUUAACUCAUGUGGAAAUGAAAAAAGUGUGGUUUUAUGAUUGAUUUGUUUUCACUAAGUUUGCCAUCAUCAUCGUCAUCAUGAAGUGGCGUGGGUUCUGUAGUGGUGUAUAUCAAGACAACAUAAGUAGAGCAUGGUGGUAAGCACCCCGUUUAUGAUUAGUCUGCACUGAUCAUAAAAGUUCUUCAAGCUUAACUGCCUGGGAGUCAAAUACCUGCUUACCCUGAAGGUUCUUGGGCAAUUGCAAGCCAUGGAGUCUGACUCUUAAAAACCUCCUCAGCGGUGUCCCAUGACCUACAGGUGCUGGCCUGGUGCUUGAAUGGAAAACACCCUUCCCUUUGCAGGCACUGGCCUUUUCUAGCAGUCAUUUUCAUGUGCCAGGGGAGGUUGGACAUCAGGAGGGGUUGUCAAGAAUUGGAAUGGACCCAGGGAGGUGGUGGAGGGACAUCGUUAGUGGUAUUCAAGAAAUGACUGGACGUGACCACAGGUGAUGCUAUGUGAAGCAGAUGAAAACCUCUUGUUCGUUACAAAAAUAGAAAUUGUGGUUAAGUGCCUGUUUGAUUCAUGUAGCUUGCACAAUAGCUUGCACAAUUUUUUUUGCUUGAAUAAUCGUGUGAUAAUCAUAAGAUUUUAAGUAAGUUUUAUAGAAGAAAAGGCGAAGCUUUUUACUAAAUAUGGAAUCAGGUUAAAGGACAUAACCGAGGAAGACAACCAAGACCUUCAUCAUCGACCACCAGGAGGCGAGAGAAGACCCCCUAGCAACAAUCAACGCAGGCGCAGAAUACUUCAAGAUGACAUAGAAGUCCGGAAGCAUUAAGAACUUAAAAAGGGGGGGUCCUUGGGGAUGAGGGUGCGGCAGUUGGUGGAGCGGAGACUCCCCUGCCGUCCAGCGCUGAAGCUUUUGCUUAUGCUGUAUGCCCUGAAUUAAUAAAUUCAAAUUGGAAAUUUCACUCCUUUUGAGUCCAUUCAUAACAAAUUGGUGCCGUGACUCGGAUACGGGAGUUGAAUUGGAUAAGUUGUUCCAGAGAGGGAGGCGCCCCACCUAACCUAAUUAGGUGGCCCCUCUGGACGACCUCCACCUCCCCAUCCGACGAACCUAAACUAUACUCAUAAGCAAAAGGGAGACACCGGUGAACCCCUUAAUCUUCUGUGCACAGGGUCCGGACGAAGACGCAGGACGCAUGCAGCAGUCCGAACUGUUGAGAAAGGGUGGACUCACGCUAGCCGGAUCAAAGGACCAGUAAAACCCCCAGACAACUAGAAGGUCUGCAGUGUCCCUGGAGAAACCACGAUUAAAUUAAAGCGAACUUCAUGAUUUGGACCAUAGUCUGGGUAGGGGACAAUCAAUAUCUUCAAGACCUCUUAACAAGAAACAGGCAAUCACCGAGAUAUUGUAAAAGAUUAGAAGACGAACUGGGAAAGCCUUACUUUAAGUCUCCUUGCCUCGAAUAUAAAGGACAAACCUGGGGAGGGGAGUCAGCUAGAUGUGAAGAAAUAAGACUCAAAUGUAAUUAUUUAGACUGUGAUUGUUACCCAUUUUUAUGCUUUUCUUGUAAGCUGUGUUUUAAACCGUGGUGGACUCAUUGUCGGAGAGGACAGGUUCCUAGGGGCAUUUGCAACCCCUGUUAUACUAAUGAAAGGAGACUAACUUCUACAAUCCUUAAUUAUAAAAUAGACUCGGGAGAAAUAAAGCUUGGGUCAAAUCAGUGGUGGGAGAUUUUCUCAAAGGGUAUAAACCCCGAGCGGUUCUGUUAUCACUCAAGCGAACCAGCUCCCUUCAUCCUAGACAUUCUCGAAGUGGUGUGCAGGAGAAGUAUUCCCACCAUACGGUGUGAUAUCCCACUAAUAAAAGCCAGAAACUGGGCUGCUAGUAAAAAGAAGUAGGAGCAAGAAUACCAAAACUGGGCUGCUAGCCUAGAGAGAAGGUGGGGAAGAGACAAUCAUAAUUAUCCGAUUCCUGAAGAAUACCCCUGCUGCCGAGAAGAUGGUCAUCCUCGAGGCUCGCAGCAACCGAGUCGUCGAGCGAGGCAGAGAGGUAAUAGACCGUGGAGACAAUCGGAAGUCUCGACCCCUCCAUGGGAAGUUCAGGAGAUGCUGGCAGUCCUACCGCAAGAUUGGUGAGCCACCACUAAGGGAAGGGGAACGGGAAAAAGAAAAGACAACAAAUGAGUCCUAUUCCAACCAUGUGGACCACCCGGUUUGGACAAAGCUAAUACUGAUGUGUAUAGUGAUUAGGAUAUCCUGUGCUCAGACCCAUGAACCCUUUAAAUGGUCCCUAAUUAGAUGGGAAGAUCAGAAAGUUUUAGAAACAAAAAUUACUUCAGAAAAACCUAGCUUUUUGCUUACAUUGUGCGACAUUAUACCUAUGGAACCAUGUUUGAAUCAAAAUAACUAUUACUUUUGCCCAAGCUCAAAUCCUGGAAAGAGUUAUUGUAAUUAUCCUGGGCAUUAUUACUGUAGUUACUGGGGUUGUGAAACUAUUUCUUCAGGAUGGGGUAGCACUGAUAAGUUUAUCACCACUGGGUGGGGACCUUUCGGGUGCACGACACCAAGUCCGAUUGGCGGAAUAGAAACAGAAGAAAGCAUAGAAGACAGUAACUGUGAUCACAUUUACAUCAAUAUUACCAAUCCUGAUGAUUCUGUGUGGUUACUAGGGAAGAUGUGGGGGGCUAGACUUUACGAGCCAAGAAGAAGAGACAGAGGGGGACAUUUCCUGAUAAAGAAGAGUCCUAUACCCAAUGACCCACCAGAAGCUGUGGGACCAAAUCGAGUGAUAAAUAAUAAGAUGGUUACAGAACAGGAAGAUGAUUUCAGCAUUGAUGUAAAUUUUACACUUCCAACCCCUACAUCCAGUUCACUAGGAAUGGGAGAUGACAAUUUGUGGAAAAUUUUGCAAGCCACAUUUAAAGUACUGAACGAAACCCACCCAAAUUUGACAUCAGACUGUUGGCUAUGCUACACACUCAAACCCCCUUUUUAUGAGGCAAUAAGAAUCACGGCAAAAGCUAAGAGAAUAAAUGGCACCAACCCUGCAAGAUGCCUGUAGAAGAAAGAGAAUACUCAGAGAGGAAUAACUUUAGCAAAAGUCACAGGGAAGGGGAGAUGUGUAGGACAAGUACCCCCAGAAAAACAUCAUCUGUGUGCUGAGUAUGAGAAACUUAGAGAUUUAGCAAAGCCAGCACAAUGGCUACUCCCGGCAAUAAACACAAAAUGGGUUUGCAAUACUUUAGGAGUCACUCCUUGUAUAAAUAUAGAAAAAUUUAACAGGACCAGUGAAUUCUGUGUUCAAGUGUUAAUCGUGCCCAAGAUAACUUACCACUCACCCGACUACGUUUAUGAUCAAUAUCAGGGGCCAGGACAUCACUUAGUAAAAAAGGAAGUCUUCACUACUCUCACGGUAGCCAUGUUAUUGGGAGUCAGAGUAAUUGGAACAGGAACAGGAGUAGCCUCAUUAGUACAACAACAUAAAGGGUUUCAGGAACUUAGACUAUCCGUAGAUGAAGAUUUGAAGAGAAUCGAAGAAUCCAUAAGAGAUCUUACAGAAUCCUUAGAUUCCCUGGCAGAAGUAGCAUUACAAAAUAGGCGAGGACUAAACCUUCUAUUCUUACAACAAAGAGAGCUAUGCAUGGCUUUACGAGAAGAAUGUUGCUCAUACGUCAACAAGAGUGGGGUCAUCCGAGACUCAAUGGCAAAACUUAGAGAAGGGAUAGAACAGAAGAAAAAAGAAAGAGAGGCUCAACGGAGCUGGUAUGAAGCUUGGUUCAAUUACUCCCCCUGGCUUACUACUUUGUUGUCAACUAUUGCAAGACCAGUAAUAUUGUUAAUGUUAAGACUUACGUUUAGACCUUGCCUUUUUAAUAAAAUAGUGAAUAUUGUUAAAGGGAGGCUAGAAGCAGCUCGCCUUAUGGUGAUACGCUCAGAAUACAAAAAUUUGCGAGAAGCCGAAGGAGGAGAAUACUUAGAACUAAGUCGAUACGCAUUAGCUAGGUUUGACGAACAAGAAGAUAAAAGAGAAAGGGGGGAUUGAAGCAGAUGAAAACCUCUUGUUCGUUACAAAAAUAGAAAUUGUGGUUAAGUGCCUGUUUGAUUCAUGUAGCUUGCACAAUAGCUUGCACAAUUUUUUUUGCUUGCAUAAUCACGUGAUAAUCAUAAGAUUUUAAGUAAGUUUUAUAGAAGAAAAGGCGAAGCUUUUUACUAAAUAUGGAAUCAGGUUAAAGGACAUAACCGAGGAAGACAACCAAGACCUUCAUCAUCGACCACCAGGAGGCGAGAGAAGACCCCCUAGCAACAAUCAACGCAGGCGCAGAAUACUUCAAGAUGACAUAGAAGUCCGGAAGCAUUAAGAACUUAAAAAGGGGGGGUCCUUGGGGAUGAGGGUGCGGCAGUUGGUGGAGCGGAGACUCCCCUGCCGUCCAGCGCUGAAGCUUUUGCUUAUGCUGUAUGCCCUGAAUUAAUAAAUUCAAAUUGGAAAUUUCA